GGUUUUGUUAGACUCUCUCUCUCUCUCUCUCUCUCUCUCUCUCUCUCUCUCUCUCUCCCCUCCCUCUCUAUCUGUCAAUCUUGUCUUCAUUCCUGUACACACAUUAAACCGGUUAAGUGUAUUCAAAGGAGACGGGGGUAAAAUUAAGAAAAUUAAGGUGAAAAACACGAGUGGAAGGAGAGAGGAAUGAAGAUGGAUAACUGUCUCCUCACACUCGUUUUCGUGCUUUCAAUGCUAGGUUCUCUGGAUGGGUGUGACAUAUAUGCUGCAGAAGGCCCAAACUUUACUGUGCAAUUGGACUACAACCUGCAAAACUCAGAUACCUUGAAAUGGAGGUUCAAUGAGAACGCAAUCUAUCAUCGAAAAAGAAAAACGAUUGUUAUCAAGGCACCAGCGGGAGUGGAAGUUUAUGAAAAUGGAUCCCUUAAGCUGACAAAUCUGAAGAAAAACAACGCAGGGACAUACACCCCCGAUGUUCACAACAGUGAUGGAAAAUCAGCAAAGGAAUUCAACCCCAUUCAUUUAUGUAUAUUGGACAGUUUCCCGGACCCUGUAGUGAAGUUUGAAUGUUCCAAAACCACCCCAACAAUGGUCACAUUUACCUGCAACGUUGGCAAGGCCCAGGGUCUCACCUUUAAAUGGUUGAAGAAUAAGAAGGAGAUGAAGGGGAAAACUCAGAUUCUAAAACAAAAAGCCGAAGAUGUGGAAGAAGAUUCAUUCGAAUGCAUAGUUUCCAACCCUGCCUUGUCUAAGACCAGCAAGGCUGUUCAACAUGAUUGCACUAGCUCCAUUUUUUUCAUUCCUAAAGAAUUAUUUGGCCUUGAUUUCUGGAUCAUGGUGGGCAUCCUGGGCGGUGGAGGAGGACUUGUUCUGUUGCUGAUUAUCAUCGUCAUUGUUUGCUGCGUCCGGGCCAGAAAGAAAAGAAGCAUGGAUGAAGGCAACUCAUGCUUAUUGACUUACUCAACGGACGAGGAGGAACUUCGUUUGGGGUGGACCAAUUCUGAACAACAACAUCAUCAUCAUAAACAUAAUCAUCUUCCCGGUUAUCAUCAUCACCAUCACCACCAUCACCAGCAGCAGCCGGUUGGCCACACUGGUCCUCGAACAGCCUCCUCUUCUUCCUCAGACCAGAUAGAAAGCCCCCAGAAUGCCAAGAGUUUGACACCAUGUGAGUGUUGAGGUUUAGAUGAACAGUCCUCCUGCUCUUCUUAAUUCUUUCCUGUUUCAUGUCUCUUCUCCGUCCUUCUCUACUGAAGAUUAAUUCAUCCAAAUUCAGCCAGGAAAAGCAAAGAGGCGCAAUGACCAACUAGAAGUGUGUGUAUUUAUCUACAGAGACUCUGCCCUCUGCCUGUAUUUUCUUAUUAUUUUGUUGUGUUUGGGACGCUUCUGGGCGUCAACCUUUGGGCAGUGGGUGUGCAGCCCCCAGCCAAUAACAGCGUGCAGGGUGGGAGGUCUAGUAGUGACCAGACAACAUCUUUGUCCUCUGCUCCGCUCUGCUCUCUGUCAGGUAUGCGUGUGUUAAUUUGUGUUUUAGAACAUAACCACCAUGAAACAA